CCAAUAAAAUCCCGCGUAUAAUCCAUGCACAUGACCAAUUGAAUUUUCUAUUUUUUGCGCGCAGGGAGGUGCACCGUUGUUUCCUCUCUAAAUUAAUUAUUUUUCGCAACGUUGUUCGUGGACGGGUGGCCUUGAUAGAAAAACUCAACUCGGACAAGAGCAGUGUACUUAAUUAAUAAAUCAAUCGAUUCGCCUUAAAAAAUAGAUCUCGGACGUUGACCGACGCCUUGAUGAAGCCAAUAACAAUGUUGUGCAACUCGUUCGUGGGCCUACUGUAAUAUCAUAAUCGGUCACGCGUGUUAUGCACUCGUCAAAUCGUAUUGCCACCCCGGUUUUGAUAACUGUAACCUUGACUGUAUUCACUAUUGCGGCUCUACGUCAAAGGUGACAACGGGCCAAGAGUAUUUGGUUUUUAUUUGACUUGUAGCAGCUGCGCAAGGGGGGCGCGAGGUGUCAGUGACAAGGUGUAGCUAACCUUAAAAUGCGAGCAUCCGUGAUUACCGAUGUGAUAGUACUGUUCGGGCUACACUUCUUGUAUUGGUGUUGCAACACGGUUGAUGCUAGCGGUGGUGCCCUUGACUCAAGCCCGAACUUUCAGUCUGGCUCCUCCGGAAGCUCACAUUCCAAAGUUACAGCGUUUUCUGCUACUCUCACAGAUGGACUGGCACAGGCUGUGGCCCAUGAAGCUGGUUCCGAAACUUGUAACGAUGACCUAGCUUGUCUCACAAUGGCUUCUCAUGAUCGACUAGGUUUAGAAGCUAUCAAAUCGCUCCACAGUCAACUGGAUGAUGAUGCCAAUGGAAAUGUAGACCUCUCAGAAUCGGAUGAUUUCUUAAGGGAAGAGUUGCAAUAUGAAGCUGGGUAUGAAAGGAGGCAGAGGGCUUUUCAUCAUAAUGAUGAUAUGCACAUCAGUGUUCGAGAACUUUGGGAAGCCUGGUUAAGGUCAGAGGUUCAUAAUUGGACUAUAGAACAAACAUCUGAAUGGUUGUCUUCUAACGUAGAGCUUCCUCAAUAUGUUCCUACUUUUAUACAACAUCGUGUAACUGGUGCUACACUUCCGAGGUUGGCUGUGAACAAUAUGCACUACCUGAGCAAUGUAUUAGGGAUUAAAGAUCCCAUCCAUAAACAAAAGAUUGCCUUAAAAGCUAUGGAUGUAGUUCUUUUUGGACCACCAAAAGAUACUGGACAUAGCAUUAAAGAUUUGAUAUUAAUUACGUUAUUAUUUGGAGCACUUAUUGGUUGCUGGUAUGUAUACCAGCAGAAGAAAAAUUCACAGAAACACCUUCAUAGAAUGAUGAAGGAUAUGGAAAGUUUACAUAAAGCAGAAUUGGCACUUGAAGAUCUACAAAAAGAACUUGAGAGGGCACGAAUGGAACAAGAAAGUGCCACUACAGAAAAGCAAAAUUUGGAGAAACGUUUACAAGAUGAAAGUAUGGGAUUGCAUGCAUCUUAUUCCGACCUUGAAGUUUCUCAAUUAAAAGCUGAGAUAGAAAUGUUGAAAGUUGAAUUACAACGCGCAGAGGGUGAACUUGAAGACAGGUGUUGGUCCCCUCCUCCAGGAUUGCAACAUUGGUUACAAUUAACUCAUGAAAUUGAGAAUAAAGCAUAUACGAAGAAAAAAAUAUCAGCAGAAAAACAAUUACAGCAAGCCCGCGAAGCAUGCGAAAAACUACGAAAAAAACGAUCGAGCUUAGUAGGAGCAUUUGUUUCGACUCAUGGUAAAUCUAUCGACGAAGUUGACAAAAGUAUAGUCGAAGCAAGAACUGCAUUAAACGAAGUAACUGCGGAAUUGCAAGAGAGAGUAUAUCGCUGGAAACAAAUUGAACUCUUAUGUGGUUUUAAUAUUAUCAACAACAAUGGUCUAAGUUAUUUAGAAACCGUUCUCUAUAGAGGAACACCCAAUGGUCGAGGUCUCGGACUUAGAGGUCGACUCAGCAGCCAAGAUGACUUAGAUGACGAAGCAAGCUCAGUAUAUUCGCCUUCCACGUGUGGUGCCGCAGGUACCCUGGACAGCCUGACGUGGAAGGAGUCAUCGGUGCCGCCAGACUCGUCCAGCAGCGAGAAUGGGAAGGAUACACCUCCAGAGAGCAACGUGGUGCACUUCACCGUGGGCGAGGGUCCUGACGAGCCUAUAAAGCCGUUCAGCAAAGAAAAGUCGAACAUCGUACGGUCACACAGUCAGGAUAUCAAUUUGCUCCUCGCGGUCGAGGACAAGACUACCUCAUCAUUCCUGCCGAAGACCUCGUAUUCAGAGAAUUCGUUGGAUUCGUCGGGUCAGGAUAGAGCUGGGCAGCAGAAGACCGCCUCGGCCUCGGUGAUGGUCAACACCACGGGCACCACGACGAGCGGCACCAGCGUCGCCACGAGCAGUCACAAGAAAUCAUGGAAGGAACUGCCUCCUGUGAUGUCGGUCGACGAAGAGACCCUCUCCACGGACUCCAACUCCACCACGGAUAAUGACGAGAUGAAGAGAAGGCGCAGGAAGAUCCUAUUCCCGGCGUUCAGGAAGAACAAGGCCAAGGUCACGUGAUGAAUGCCCGCUAGUCACAUAACAAAUCGUACAUCGCGUUGUACCAUUACUUAAAACGCUGUAACUCUUAACGAUUAGUUGGUUAAACCGCGACGUGCACUUAACAAUUUGCCUCGGAGAACCGGUUCGUAAUUGAUCGGUUGGUUAAUUGCGACCGGAUUUUCUAUACACGUAUUUACAAUACGUAUACGCAAAUACAUGUAACGUACACGAUAGAGAGACACUGUAGCAGGGUGGAACGUUUAGGGUAAUAGGUUGGCCAUGAGGUCCUGAGAUUUAGAUUCGACAUUGGCACCUUGGUGUACGUUGAGGACCGGAUAUUAUCAGAGUCAACUGUUGAACAGUUUAAUCACUCUAUUUUUUAAGCUUUCAUAGAUAUAUUUUUUUAUAUUAUGCAGAUAAAUUUGGUCACUUGUCUUAUUAUUUUAUAUUAAUUUUUGAAGUUACAAAAUUGUAAGGUCUUAGAAUCUCAAGGUUUAAAAUUUUAAAGUCUCAAAGUCUCACAGAUCAAGUAUUUAUACUUUGAUAUUUCAUGUAAAAAGCUGACCCAUACUUUCAGAAUCUCUGGUUUAGAGAUUUAAACAUCUUCAGGCAUUGCUAUCCAAGUGGUUAAUCUAUGCGUGCCAAAAUCAUAGAAAAAAUUAUAUUUUACACUUUGUCUGCAUUUGAUCUGUUGUUAAUUGCAGUGAAGCGACACAAUGUAUACAUCAAACUGUGAUAUUUACUUCAGUUUCAGUUUUGGGAAUAAGUAUCAUGUUGUUAUAGUGUAAAUGGGCUUCCAUUAUAAGGUUUUGAAGAUAUAUUUCAUGAACUGAGACAUUAAAGGUUCUUGGAUUAACGUUAUAACAGAAUGAAUAUACAACUGAAAAUUUAAGGCUAAGGAGUCUGUGAAAUAGUCACAUCUAUUGUUUUAAAAAGUUGUAGUUCAAUAAUAAUAUUCCUAGUUUCUUAAUCAAUAUGCUCAAAUAUAGCUCGAAAAUUCGUGGAAUCUGCAUGUUAUUUGUUCCAGUUGAUUCUGAUAAACCCUUGGUAUCGUGUAUAGUUCGUCCCUUGUAAUAUAAAUAUCGCAGUUGCAUUGAAAGCUCUUUAAACUGUAAAAUAUGUGACUGUACUAUACGAAAGUGUACAGAUAAAACCAUUAGAAAGAAGUUGUAUUAUGUUAAAGAAGGUUAUGCCAAUGUAAGGCCAAGUGUACAGUGUAUAGUAGUAGAAUUACAGUGCAAUGUGUAAAGAGCCUCAAUUAACAUGCUGACUAUACUGGUGAUCACUAGUGGAAUAAAAUUAAAAAAGAGUUUCAUGUUAACAUAUUCUGUAUCACAUGGACCAAUAUUUAUUGCAAAAAUACUUUAAGUGAUAGUAAAGCAUAUAAAAGUCAAUCAAAAUAAUACUGCAAUUGUUGAUCAUUGUAAUUUUUAGCAAUGUUAAUGAAAUGAUCCUGCACUUAAUAAUCAUGCUACGGUAGCACAUAUAACAGUGUUCAUCAUGGUAGUCAAUAUGUUAAUAGUACUGUUCAAGACUUUUAAUUUAAUAUGUCCAGUAAGAUAAGUUAGCAUUGCAGCUAGCAUUAUCAGUAAUCUGAAAGUGUUCUAAUACUCCAACAUUAGAUAUACUUCAGUACAUAUCGGGCACUACUUAAGUCCAAAAUUCUUGAACAGUACUAACUGUAAAAGCCUUAAGGACCUUAAUAAGGUCCAAGUAAAUUGAAACAAAUGGACCUCCUGGCUAACACCAGUAUAAUAAGUUUUUAAAGCGAACGUUCCACUAGGCUACUGUCGCGUAGGAUGUUUUUGGUGCCCCGGUGUGUCUUCCGUUUUGCCAAAUCUUUCGUUCUGUUUGCAAAGAGACACCCACCAAGCGACGUCCGAUACUUAGGUAGCUAGAUUUUUAAACUCGCGAUACCGAAAUUGUUCAGUCACGACAAUAUGUUUGGCUCAGGGGUGGGCGAAGAAUUCGCGACCUUUCGUCACCUUUAUUUCAAAUGGAACGACAUAAAAAAAAGUUAAAGCUCUCUGUACCUAUUUAUGUUUGAUUCGAGCCUUGUUCCUGUUGCGUUCCAUUGAAGAAUUAAAUCUUGUUGCGAUGUCUCUCUGAGGCGAAAGAAUCUCUAUGUGUUACGCUCCUUCGUGGAUAACUUUAAUCUUUUAAAUGUAUGUCUCUCUAAGUGGCGAAGAAAAAAACGAUAUUAGAAUUCAUUCAAACUUAAUUGAUCGUUUAAGGCGUUGAAAAAAGGUAGUAUUCUAGGAAACUUGUGUUGAAAAAACGAGCAGUUGAGGUUGUAAGGAAUUUUAUAAUAUAGAAAAGAAAGAUUUGCAUCGUUAUUUAUGAAAGGUGUUAUAUAGGUUUUCCCAUUUAUACGCAUGCUUUACAUUGUGUAUUGUAGAGUUUAGAACUUGUUUAUCUGCAGUGUUUGAUUAGAAGUACAACAGUUUAGUAAUCAUGAUGGACUGAAGUUCAAAUGCAUAGUCACUAAUUAAAGAAGUGAAUAAUUAAUAUUAUUAAAAUCAAGAUGUUGCUGAUUUUUCAACACGUGUAUAUUAAAGGUUAACGAAUACUAUCCACUGAAUUGUACAAGAGUUAUCUUUUCUUGUUCAUAGUUGAGUAACUCUUCUAUAAAUUCCCAGAUAAAUCUUGAACGAUCAAUUGAUUUUGAACAGUCUACUAUUAUAUUGUUGCAUGUUAAUGAAUAUUACAAAGUAGCACAUUUGUAAACUUCAAAUUUUUACACCAUAAGAGUUACUGUUGUUACAUCUUGUUAUUAUUAGACUUAAUAUGCAACAAGCUAAUAGUAGAAAUUUAUUCGGUUCAUUCCUGUUUUUCAUCGCCUUAUCGUUAGAAUCACCUCAAAGGCCAGUAAACAGUUCAUAGACCUAUACAUAGAAAGAUUUCAUCAUUGAUCGUGAUCAUGAAACUCGUGCUUCACAUUUUCCCAUGACGAGACUCGAUUUAAAAUUAAUCAUUGUAUGCAGUCAUUUGGAAAAUUGUGGGAAAUUUCUUUUAUAAUUUAGUUGCCACGAAAGAAGUUUCCAAUUAAAAAAAGAUUAUUCUAAUCUUGAUACUCGUUCGAGAAUACUCGCCCAUCCCUGCGUUUAUUCCUUCAAGGAAAUAAGCAAAACGAAAUUCUGACAUACUGAACCUUUUCGUUUCACUGUUCUUUUCCCGAUUAAUCGUAACCAUUAGCGUAUAUUUUGUUUCUCUCUAUUUAUCUUCGUUUUCUGGGUUCUUUAUCGAACGCUUUUAGGCUUCCACUGUUGUACAAGCUGAGCACAAGCGAUCUUCUACUGUUUUGCCACACGAACUUUGCUUUUUUAUCAAUCAUUCUGUUCUAAAAUUUAAUAUUAUUUACGUAUUGGGUUUCUCAAACAAUUCUGUGUUACUUGCUUUUGCAUCUCAAUGAAGCGAAAAUGUUUUAUAAGGCACUAUAAAUGAAAUGUACGAAUUUUGAUAACGAAACAUCAAAUUAAGAAUCAAAAAUUCCACUUGUAAGAUUCUUGUGCGUGUUUUUAAAAAGUCAAAUUGCAUAUGGUGAGGGUAAUUGUUUAAUAUUAGCUUGUUCUAUAGGUAACUUAAACAUUUUAUAUUUCUUUAAAAAGAAAAGAAUGGAACUAGAAUGAAAUAGCAAAUCAAGUUUGAAACAUUUGUAACUUUGAAAAGAAUUCCACAUUUUGUCAUUACAAUGUAUAUUUUAGAAGGCAAACAUCUAACAUCAAUGAGUACUUCAAACAUCUAGAAUUUUUUGAAAAAGAUUAAUUAAGUAAUUAAGUCCUGUUACCUAUAGGAUGACCUAAUAGCAAAUAAUCCUUUGAGGUCCAACUAUUGAACUGUACAUAGUAUACCAUUGAAAAAGCAAUAACAGGGCUGACUAGCCACAGUCAGGGUUCGUCAUCCUCUUUUUUAGACGAAUUUAUAUUAAGCUAAAUCUCUAAGUAUUAUUAGAUUUAACGUACCACGAGCGAUCAAGAAAGAGAAACCACGAAUCGUACGAUCAAAGACUGUCAAUAUGUGCAAGUAUAUGCAUAUGUAAUCAAACUAACAGAUUUUUAUAAAAUGGUUUAAAAGUAUCAACCGAAGCACUUUUAUAUAAAACACGUAUUUGCACAAUAAUUGACAGUCCACUCUUGUGAGGGGACCUCGAAGGAUUGUAUUCGUGGCAAACGAGGAGAAAAAGACGGUCUGUGCUUAUCCAGUACUCGACAAGCUAUCAAAGUUCGCGAUCUUCCACAAAAUUGUUCGCGCACGAAUCAAGGCAUUUUUUAUUAGUCGCGUUUUCGUUUUCACACCCUGCGUCGUUUAUCUAUAUUUUUCUCUUCUUUUUUUUAACGUUCACAUAGUAUUUUAAAGCCUGUUAUUGUACUUCAUUUUUUAGCGUUUAGAUUUAUAGUUUGUACAGAAUCAAUGGUCCUUCAAAGGCUGCCAUUUUGAUCUUAAUCUUCCUAUGUCAGGUAUUCAUAUGUCAUAUGAAAUUAACAAUUGUAACUUUCCUUGUGACAAUAUCACAUUAGAAAUAUGCUUUGGCAGUUCAUAUCUUCCAUUAAAAUCUGUCAGAUUAAUAAGUAUAAAGUACUUUAUGUUCACUUGCAAGAAACUAAUAGAAGAAAACUUGUUAUUUCUAUCUUAUAAUAUUUGUAAGAAGUGUAUACAGCAAAGAAGUGUAUGCAGUAAUUUAGUAGAAAGGAUAUACUAGUAUCCUGAUGCAUUAUUUUUUUUUUAAAUAAUUGAAAUAGUGAAAGUGGUGGGAGUGACCUUGAGGGACCAUUGAUUCUCAACAGACUGUAAAAUUAACUUAUUACCGCUUCCCUACCGAAUGAAGUGGUUUCUUUCUUAUCAUUAUAUUUUUCCUUCCUCUUUUGCUCUUUCUUUUUUAGUAUAUAUAUAUUAUUAUAUAUAUAAUAAUAUAAUAUACAUACACAUAUUAUUAUAUAUAUACAUAUAUAUAUGAAUGUAUGUACACAUAGAAGCUUAAGUGCGGUGAGGCUGGAACUCUCUGAAAUGUAUAUCCACGUAUAAAGAAUAGCGUGAUAAGUUAAAACCAGAUUUUAAUCGACCUUGUCACAUGGAUGUGAAGGUCACUGUGCAGACAAUUUCGACGAGCGUCAUGUCCCUCGCAGCGUUUGUUUCUCCGUGGAUCAGUUUUAUUUUUCAUUAAUAAUACUAGAGAAAUAAGAUACCUAUCUAAAAUUCUAAGUCUUGUACUUUGCGAUUGACAUACAAAUGGUGUGUUUCUAUUAUGAAUUUAGUUCUUAUUUUUUGGCAAAUAUUCUUAUAAUCAAUAGAUAGACAAUGAUCUCUGAAUCUAUUACAUUGUGACAUGUGUUAUUGUAGAAGAAAAUUGUAACCACGGAGAGUACAAACAAGAGCUUGUUACUCGUUUUUCACCCGGUAGCUCGAAACAUCCGCAAGAUCAACGAUCCACUUCCGCUUUAUCUUCUCCUAUGCUGUCCGAUGUAUUUUCUGUAACUUGCGUUUACUUUGCCGUGUAUUUUUCACUUGGUUCCACGAGUAGCUCAGACGUUUCGUUGACCAUUUGCGAUUAUUUCUCUCCGCAUUCCUCUCGCCAGCUUAUUUUUCCAAUCGAUACUUUACUGUUAAGGCAGGCCUGCCUAAUGUAGAGGUCCUCGCGUUAUAUCGCCACUUAUUGUAUUACUAUGUACUAGAGUACCAUACAUUAUAUUACUACACGUUGGUUGGUCACGUAUUAAACCACCACAUGUUGGUCAUUUAUUAAAUUACCAUGUGUUGGUUGGUCACGUGUUAGAUCAUCACGUGUUGUAUUAUCACACAAUCACAAAACAUUGUAUUACACGCUGUAUGACCAUGUAUUAGAUUACCAUGCGUUAUAUUAUGCGUUGGUUCGUCAGAUGUUAAAUCAUUGUGUUACUACAUAUGAUCAUGUAUAGUGAUACAACGCGUUAGUUCACCACAUGUUACUAUGUGUUGGUCCGUCGCGUUAUAUGGCCGCGUUAGGACAGGCCUGCGUUAAUCGUCUGCUCCUCUCCUGAUGAUAAACUGACACAUUUAGUAUCUCAGGGCUCUGAACUGAACUUCGGAUUCAGUUUACUACAGGUUCAUUUCAGAUCGUAACACUGGAGAGGCUGUUUAGAAAGCUUGUUAGAACUAAUACCUUGAUUAUUUCGAUGUACAGUUUACGUUGUUGAUAAGUAUUUAAAGGCGAGAAGUGUUCUUUUUAGAAAUGAUACUGUAACAACUUUGUGAAGAUUUUAAGGAAAAUCGUGUGAAGAUAACUGCGUUAUUAAAUUACUGACUCACUGAAGAAUUGAGUUACUCAAGAAUUCAGUUAUUCAAGAAUAAUUAUUGAGUGAUUAAGUUAUUCAAAUGGUUAUGGAAUUACUAAAGCAUUAAGUUAGUAUCUAAACCAUGUAUGUACAUAAUGUACUAACUGUAUAUGAUAUUAACUUAAUGCGUUAAUAAAUUCUUGAUAAAAGUGGUCAUUUAUAACGAAACAUGAUUUUGUCUUUAGAAUCUUCAACUGUAAGAAAACAUGUACUAUAUUGACUGUAAGAAUAUGUGUAUCAUAAGAGAGCAAUAUUAUAUGGAAAGAUUUAGAAUUUAAUGGACCAAGUUCGAUAAACGUACAUGGAAAUAAGCGAAAAUAGUUGAUACUUUAGGCUCAAUUAAUAGAUAAUUGUACACGGGAAACAGAUUGUUAUAAUUACGAAUUCAAAGAAAUUUUACAAUGUCACUGUUAGCGAGGGCUUCCGAAUUAACACGAUCCUCUAAUUACCGAUGGUUCAAACUUAUUCUCUAUCUUUCAUUUUUAUUUUAAAUGUCUUCCUUUUAUUAUAAUUUUGAAUUUUUAGUUUAAGAUUAUUCGAACAAUUUCCGACUAAUUCGUUGGGGAAACGUUUCAACCCCUAAAUUGUUAACUGUGGAAAGAUAAAUCUUUGUGGCCCCUUUAUCACGAGUUUAAAUCGAUAUAAAGUCGAGGGGCAAUUUUAUUAACCUUGCGAUAUCGCUUCUCCUUUCGUGUAACCAUAAAUCUAACCGUGCAUCGUUUAGGUUAGAUCCUAAAUAGAAAUAUUAAUUCUACUCAUUUUCCACUCAGCAGAAAAGAGCAAAUUAAAAAUCAAACCGUCCACAUAAGAGAUUCAUGCCUUAUAUCAAAUUAUCACGAAAUAACUUCCUCUUGAAAAUACAAAAAGAAUCGACCUGUCUAUUGAUUUCUAAGAUUUACAUUUUGUAAGGUAGAGCGAGCAUCAUAUAAAUUGUAUGAGAAUAAAAUGUGUCAGUUUUGUUGUA